AUGGCUGAGUCUGCAGUUUAUUUUCUGAUUGAAAAGCUUACAAUCUUAUUGUCUGAAAAGGCAAAAUUGUUCAAAGGCGUCAGGAAGGAUUUUGAGUACGUCAGGGAUGAACUUGAGAGGAUGAUAGCUUUCCUGAGAGUUGCUGACGGCUUUGAAGAGAGUGAUCCAGAGCUAAAAGUCUGGGUUAAGCAGGUGCGAGAAAUUGCUAAUGACACUGAAGAUGUCAUCGACGAGUUCUUGCUCCACUCUACACUUAAUCAUGGCAGGCAUGGAAUCCAUGGUUUUCUUGGUGAAUUAUGUUCUUCUCUCAAAAACUUUAUAUUCACCCCUAAAGUUGCCUCUGAAAUACGAAGCAUAAUAUCCAGAGUGAGGAAUAUUGCAGAAGGACAUCAGAGAUAUUGUUACAAGUUGAGUAUUCAAGAGCAAGGCUCAAGUUCAGGUUUUGUAGACUAUUCAGUGAAUGAUUGUCGUGGAGAUGCGCUUCUACUAAAAGAAGGUGAGCUUGUGGGCAUCGAACACCACAAACAGAACCUGAUUCGGAUGCUUAUUGAGAAGGAUCUUGGACUUAAAGUGAUUUCGGUAGUUGGGAUGGGAGGUUUGGGGAAAACCACGCUGGUUAAGAGAUUGUUUGAUGAUUCUGUAGUGAAGAAACACUUCCAGAACCAUGCCUGGUUAACUGUCUCUCGGUCGUUUAAGAUUGAGGAUCUUCUAAAAGACACAAUUCAGCAACUUUUUGAUGAAAUCAAGCAACCCUUACCUGAAGGAACUGGUUCCAUGAACAGUAAUAGGCUAAAAGAAAUUAUCAGAGAAUUCCUACUUGGAAGAAGGUACGUGCUUGUGUUUGAUGAUGUGUGGAGCAUUCCAGCAUGGGAAGCCAUCAAAUAUGCACUGCCGAAUGAGAACCAUGGAAGCCGUAUUAUCCUCACAACACGGCUCAUUAAUGUGGCAUCCUCAUCUUGCAUUGAAACUAAUGGAUUCGUGUAUGAAUUGAACCCAUUGUCCGAAGAGGAGUCUUGGACUUUGUUUUGCCAAAAGACAUUUCAGGGGAACUCAUGUCCUCAUCAUUUGAUUGAAAUUUGUUCAAAUAUCUUAAGAAAAUGUGGGGGUUUGCCACUGGCAAUUGUGGCCAUUGGCGGGCUUUUGGCAACAAAGAACAUGUCGAGAGUAGGUGAAUGGGAAAUGCUCAAUCACAGCCUGGGGCCGGAAUUAGAAGGCAACGAUGCACUUGAGAGCAUGAAAAACAUUUUGCUGCUCAGUUUCAACGAUCUGCCGUACUAUCUAAAACCAUGUUUCCUGUAUUUAAGCAUUUAUCCAGAGGAUCACUUGAUUGAGCACAAUACCCUGAUUCGACUAUGGAUAAUGGAAGGUUUUGUGAAGCAAAAAGAGGGUAGGACAUUGGAAGAAGUUGCAGAAGGAUAUCUUAAUGAGCUCAUCAACAGAAGCCUGGUUGUUAUGGUGAAGACCAAUGAUGAUGGAAGUUUGAAAUAUGGACAGAUCCAUGACUUGUAUAGGGAGGUCAUUCUUUCAAAGGCACGAGAACAGAAUCUUGUUACUACCAAUGAACAGAAGACAAUGUGGCCUACAAGGGUUCGACGGUUAUCAAUACACAACACCUUGGAACAUGUAAAAAAGGAAAGGUAUGGCACUCGAGCCCGUUCUUUGCUUACCUUCGGUGUCACAGAUGUCCAAUCCAUGCUGAACAUUCUUCAGUUGCUGAGCAGCUUUAGGAUGCUCAAGGUUUUAUCUUUAAAAGAUGUUCCCCUGCCGGCAGUUCCAAAGGCAAUUUUCACAAUGUUACAUUUAAGGCACCUGAGCUUGAGAAAUACGAAAGUGAAAGUUCUUCCAGGAUCUAUUAAGAAGCUCAAAAUGCUAGAGACAUUGGACCUUAAGCAGACUUAUAUAACCGAGUUGCCUGUCCAGAUCCUAGAGCUCCAUCAUCUGAGCCAUCUAUUAUUAUAUCGUCAUGUAGUAUACUCUUAUCUGCCUUAUGAUUGUGCAUAUGGUUUUAAGGCAAUUAAAGGGAUAGGAAGAUUGAUAUCGUUACGAAAACUGGGCUACAUGGAGGCUAGCUGUGGGAGUGACACGAUUAAAGAAAUAUCGAUGAUGACAGAACUAAGGAGACUGUGCCUAACUAAAUUGAGAAGGGAAGAUGGAAUGGCCGUCUGCUCAUCCAUCGAAAAGCUCCAUAAUCUCCGUUCACUGAACUUAAAAUCAACAGAAGAAGACGAGGUACUCGAUCUUCAAUAUCUGUCUUCUCCUCCCCCUUUUCUUCAGAGAUUAUACUUGACAGGAUGCAUAGAAAAGUUCCCAAUUUGGAUACAAUCUCUUCACAGCCUGAUAAAAGUGUACUUCAGAUGGAGUAAGUUAAGGGACGAUCCGCUUCAGUAUCUCCAAGAUUUGCCCAGUCUCGUCCAUCUUGAAUUUCUUGUGGGUUUUACAGGAGAAGAACUCUGUUUCAAGGCUGGAAAGUUUCAGAGACUUAAACUAUUAAAUUUUGACAAACUAGAACCUCUAAGGAGGGUAGUAGUUGAGGAGGGUGCAAUGCCUCAUCUUGAAAAACUAGUUAUCCAGAGAUGUAACUUGCUAGAGAGAAUUCCUCAAGGAAUUGAACACCUUAUUGAACUGAAAGUUGCUGAAUUUUUCGACAUGCCGGAUGAAUUUAUUAAAACAAUGGAUCCACACAGACUAGGUGAAGAUUACUGCAAAGUUGCCCAUAUUCCUGAAGUAUAUUACACAUUUUGGCGGGAUGGAGGUUGGGAAAUCUAUCCAUUAGAGCAAAAUCCUGCAGAUAUGAAUUUUCGACAGCCUAGAACUGUCAUUAGAACUCAAGGACGACGGAAUUCACUGUGA